AGGGACAGGUGAAACAUGCCAGAUGACCCAAAUAACCACAUGCCCUCAGAGCACAAGCUAGCCAAAGCACUAAGCUACUGGAGGGCACCCGCGGCUGCCUGUGGGGCCAUGAAGCUAAUGCCCCACCUUACCCUGAGGAAGCAGCGAUUACCGAGGGCUAGCCGGGAAGGCAGGCCGCUGCCCGCCGCCUGGCUGAAGGCAGAGCCACCAGCAGCCGGGGCUCCCCCCCGCCCCGCUCCCACUCCCGGCCUCCCCAGCCCGGCGGUGCCCCGGGGGCAGAGCAUGCAGGGGCCGGGCCGUAGGGGCCGGGGAGCCGCGCCGGGAACCUACAGACAGCGACUGGGCCGGGCCCGGCGUGUCCCGGGCACUUGGGGCCCCUGCGGGAGCUUGGCGUUGACACAUCGCAGCCUCGGGGCCAGCUGCCAGCCCCGAAGCCCCGUGCGGGUGAAGAUGGAACCAGCAGAAGAAACCGCAUUCUCUAAUAUCCAGAAGCAUGGAAAUAAUUUUUUUGUAGGUUAUACAGGGGACUGCAUUUUGACUGAAAGUGAAGAAGAAAGUGAUAUCCUGGAAAGCCAUGAGCAAAAUGAACCACUUCAGCUACCUGAAACCCACAGUCCAGGCUGGGCGGCAGCCAGACUACAACAGCAUCAGAGGGCAACGUGCAAUAAACCUGCUCACAAAGCAAGAAGAGGCUCCAGGAAACUGACUCUCAUUGCUAAUCAGCAGAUGCUACACACAGAUGAAAAGCCCUACAAGUGUACUGAAUGUGGGAAAGGCUUCAAGGGGACCACUACUCUCCUGAACCACAUGAGAGUCCACACAGGAGAAAAAACAUUUGAGUGUUUAGAAUGUGGAAAGAGAUUUAAGAGAAAAGCUGGCCUGGUAGUGCACAGGAGAAUCCAUACAGGAGAGAAGCCAUACAAGUGCAAGGAAUGUGAGAAGAGCUUUGGCUGUAGUUCAAAUCUUAUUGCUCACCGCAAAAUCCAUGCAAAAAAGAAAGCCUUUUCUUGUGAUACACACAGCCAGAGUGAAAGUACAGUGCUGUCUCAACAUCAGAGAACCCAUGUGGAUGAGAAGCCCUGUGGGUGUGCUGAGUGUGGAAAUCGCAUCUGUCCAUAUUCAGGCUUCAUCAAAGGUCAAGGGAUUCAUGUGACAGAGACCCCCAGUAAAAACACAUCAGGUGCAUACUGUUCUGAACGUACAUCUCAGCAGCGUAAAGAACAGCAAAGGAGUGGUACAGAGAAACUUGAUAUGGAUCAAUCAGAUCUUAUUUUUGAAGAGUUGAAGAAAAUGAGGGAAAACAUGGACAUGCUUCUUCUGAAUCAGCAAAGUCAGCUGCAGGUCCUGCAGCAAAUUCAGAAACAACUAAAUAUACUCCUGCCAGGCAAUGAUGUCAUUAAUUCAAAUGUUUAUAGUUUAGGACUGCUGCUAGGACGGCAAGCUGCUGCAAUGGCAUCUCUUUCUUUUCCCCUUCUUAAUCCUAGCAGUCUCCUCUCUGAAAGUACCCAUCGCUCAUCCCAGUCAUCUGCUUCUGAAAUUCUCCCUCAGCACCUCUCUCUCAGUCAGCACCCAACCUCUCAAUUUCCUGCAGCUUCUACAACUUGAUCACCUUUGUGCUAUGAAUGUGUCAAAUGUAAACAAAUGCAAAUACCAUUUUAUACUGUCUUCUCUGUGUUGUAAUGUUGAAUGAGAACAUGUUUGAAACUGUCGUACCUUUGCAGAUGCUGACCUUACUGUCAGCUUUUGAAGGAUGCAUCAUCUAAUGGAAGGUGAACAAAUCCAUUUAUUCAUUGCAGUAUGCGGAGGUGUUGGCCACCAAUGUGUUUUGUCAGGGCAACCCAAGAGAUCUUUAUCACCAAGGUGCAGUUAAAUGGAAUAUCCACAUAUAAGAUACUGCUUUAAAUUUAAGCCUUGAUUCCUAAAUGGUACAUCUUUAAUAUGUACUUCAGUCACUGGACCUCUCCUAAUGAGCUGAAGCUGAUGAUAAAAUAUUCAGGGAUUCUUUAAGCAACUCCUAUUAAGUCUAAUUUAUAUAAGUGUGUCACUUGCACACAUCUGUAAAGGGUUAAAAUCAACUGCAGCACUAUUCCCAGCAUAAUUUACAAAAACUUCUUUCAUUCAGUAAGGCUUUAAAUGUAGGUGACCGUAACUGAUUCUCAGGCCAGCAUUACUACUAAAACUAGAUUUAUUAUUUUCUUUAAAAACAAAAUACCAUUCAGGGUUACCUUGCUUCCCGACAUUUCAUGAGAAUAAGUCAACAAGAGUUAUAAAACAUUUGUAUUUUUGUUAUUGCAUGCUGUUGUCUUAGUUCAUUGGGAGUAGUAGGAGGACUUGAGGAAAUAAUUACUGCUUGGAGAGGAACACUGAAGCUCAGGUGCACCAUCUUGUGAAAUCUGUGGGGAAAAAGUAUUGUCCCUACAGGAGUCCGUGAGGCCUUUUAAGGUUAGUAAGAGCAGAGUUUUAAGAAUGGUUGGUCCUUUCUACCUCCUUGGUCAUACCUGACACAGUCUAGUAGUAGUGUCAGAGCUUUUGAGCUUCAAAAGUGAAGCAAAGUUGACGAUAAUACACCGCAUGUAUUGACUAUAAUACACCGCAUGUAUUAUAAGCUUCGUGGCUUGCACCUGUAGCAGUAUUUCUCUUGAACCUGUGUUGAAUUUGGAAAUUUUAUUCACUUUUUAAGAUGCUUUGUUGCUUUGUUAAAAUGAUCUGUGUUAGUACUGAAUAAAAUAGGAUUUAGAUUUUAAGAAUAGGAAACACUACUACUCUUAACAAGUCAUCUUGCUGGUGAUGUAAAGUACGGUGAUGUCAGAUUCUGGUGCAAAGAUAAAACCCUGUGGGAUCUGGUAUGACACAUUUUGUGUGUGUAAAGGCAGACUUCAAAAGUAACACACUAGUUCUUAUUAUACAGGAUUUUAUAUUAAGUCAAUAGAAUCAAUUUAAGGUAAAUUGAGAGGCCUUAAAGGGCAUUCCUUCAAAGUGAAGGAGGAGUAUGCUGAAAUGUUUGGGGUUUGUUUUCUAUCAGUUAAGCAUAUCAGAGUCACGUGGCUCUGGACUUAAGAGCUAUAAUAAGAGUUGCUAAAAAUCUAUGGAAACUCUUGGAACUGUUCAUAAUUUCUUGGAUGUUCAAUUUGCUUUUGUGUAAAAGCAGAAUCUCCUCUUCAAAACAGUUGAACUUUGUAUUUCAGUGUUUUUAAGAUGUUCAAUAUUAAAGUGUUGCCUUUUUAAAUAAA